AUUGGUAAACCUGCAUGAUCACAAAAUAUGUAGUCAUAUUAUAAUAGUCAUAUUAUAAUAUGCAGAUAAUCACAAAUAUUUUUUAUAAUUAAAAUUAUUUUAUCUCUUAUUAUAACUUAAUUUUUGUAUAAAGUAAAAAAAUCAUGACUGAAAAAAAAAGAGUACUUAUGAUUUGUUUAGGAAAUCUUUGUCGUUCUCCUAUAGCAGAAGCAGUUUUUAAUGAUCAAAUAAAUAAGUUAGGCUUAAGUGAUUCAUGGGAAGUAGAUAGUGCAGCUAUUAUAGGAUAUCAUAUAGGUAAAAACCCAGAUCAUAGAUCAAUGUCUAUAAUAAAAGAAAAAGGUAUCACCAAUUAUUCUCACAAAGCACGACAAAUCACAAGAGAUGAUUUUAUUAAAUUUGAUUGGAUACUUGCAAUGGACAAUAGUAAUAUUAAAUAUUUAAAUACUAUGAAACCUCCUAAUUCUACUGCUAAAAUUGAACUUUUAGGAAAAUAUGAUCCUCGAGGAGAACUUACAAUUCGAGAUCCUUAUUAUGAUGUUGACAUUGCUGGAUUUUAUAAGGUAUAUGAACAAUGUUUGCGAAGUUCAAAAGCAUUUUUGGAAAAACAUAAAAGAAAUAGUUGUCGUUCUCCUAUAGCAGAAGCAAUAUUUUAUGAUGAAAUAAAAAAAUUAAAUCUUCUUAAUUCUUGGGAAGUAGAUAGUGCUGCACUUUUGAAAUAUCAUAUAGGUAACAAUCCAGAACCCAGAGCUAUGUCUACACUUAAGAAAAAAGGCAUUGCAUAUUAUACUCACAUCGCAAGACAGAUAACAAAGGAAGAUUUCUAUAAAUUUAAUUGGAUAUUUGGAAUGGAUAAUGGAAUAGUUUAUAAUCUACUUCAAAUGCAACCAGAAGAUAGUCAAGCAAAAAUUGAACUUCUUGGAAAAUAUGAUCCAAAUGGAGAACUAAACAUACGAGAUCCAUUAUUUGUAAAUAUUAUUAUAUGUAUUUAUUUAUGUAUAAUAAUUUAUUUAUAUAUCAUUAUAUAUGUUAUAUAUUGUUAUAUAUUGUUUUAUACUAUAUAUUGUUUAUAUACAUAUAUUUUUUUAUAUUUUGUUUAAUACAUUUUUUUUAAUUGUAGGAUAAUGAUAGUGUUGGGUUUGAAAAAGCAUUUGAACAAGCUGCAAGAAGCAUAAAAAUAUUUCUAAAUCAACAUAUAUAUUUAUAAUGUUAUAUUUGCAUACUAAUUUAAUAAAUAAUAUAUUUUUUUAUUAUUUUGUUUUAAAAUAGUAAGAAAUAAUUUAUUUUAUAUAAUCUAUAAAUAUAUAACAUAAAUAAUUAUGAUUAUUAUUAUUAUAUAAAUUAAAAUAAUCCUUUAUGAACAAUGAAA